CAACAACACAAAACAGCACAACACAACAGCACACGACAUGUACUGCAUGUGCAGUGGCUGGGACGCGAAGUUAGAAAAAGAAAAAUCGGCAUGCAUCAUCCUCCUUUUCUUCUUCCUCUUUUUUUCUGCUUUUCCUUUUCGCGCCCUUUUUCAUUUUGGCUAUUAGCUAUAAUAAUAACAGCAAUAAUUGCACCUGUAAUAUGCCGUCGACAAUUAUGCUAAUACUCUCGCCGUACGGCAUUAUCCUCGACACGUCGCCAUGCCGGAAAGUAUGGCACGGCCAGCCCCUGAUGCGAUUUGUGCAUUCCGACGACCUGAUCCGACUGUGUGGCAGUCUGAGUGCAGCGUACAAGCAACAAUUGAAUAAUAACAUUUUCCAUAUAAAUGACGAGCGAGAAGACAGUCAGGACAGCCCCUUGGAAGUCCGCAUCACAACGAGCUUAUACAACGGCGAAGAGGAAGAACGAUACCGGUGGUAUGAAUUAAUCGUCGUCGAAAGCGAACCACAGCUGCAAAUUAUUGUUCAGCCGAGCAGAAGCAGCAGCAGGAGGGCCUUGUCUUAUGACGAUGAAAAGCAGUCUUGGAUGCAUCAUGCGGUAGAGAACGGAGUAACUAUCGUGGCACAUGCACUUGGCGUGUUAGUCCAGUUACUGGAAGACCAUGCUGGCUACCAGCUCAAAAACAUUCCAUACGAAUUGACUGAUCGAAUGCUCAGCAUGCUUGCGUGGACUGGGUUAAUCAAGGAUAUGGGCCUGGCAAAGGCGAUCGUCGAUAAAUUGCUGGAUCAGUGCUUAAAGCAUAUUGCAUGUUACAUGGAUCAAGCACUCGAGCACAGCAAUCCUGGCUUGUGUAAAGCCAUUGUAUGAAAGCCCUUUUGAAUAUGUACAUAUUAUAUUGCUCUCUCUCUCUCUCUCACUUAUAAUACAUCUUCCCUCCCUUCUUUCUUUUUAUUCCCACCGGCAUACAAAGCAUACACGCAGCACAAGCACAUAUAAUCAAAACACUCUUGAAGAACCCAUGCUUGCUUGCCCGCCCGCCGACCCAUUCAUCCAUCCAUCCACUUACAAACUUACACAAUUUCGUAUAUAUAAUAUAAAGAA